GUCUGCAUAAGCGGUCACUCGCGUGGCAUCACAAAGUACUACCGUGAGAUUCCAAAGCCGGCUUUUAAUGCCACGGGACGGAGAAAACAGCACAACUCGCCUUUGAAAACAACGAGCGGUUCCCCUUCUUCUUCUACCACCUGCUCAUCCAUCCUCCCCACCUUCCCUCACAAUAACCUCCCUCAACCACCUGCUCAUCACCCUCCACACCUUCCCUCACACCUUCCCUCACACCUUCCCUCCCUCAACCACCUGCUCAUCACCCCCCACACCUUCCCUCCCUCAACCACCUGCUCAUCACCCCCCACACCUUCCCUCACAACAAACUUCUUGACUAAUAACCACCUUCAAUCAACAACUAUUCCAACAUAAACAACACCCCAACACAAGCUAUGCUCGCUCACCACGAUUUCCACGGCGACGGCGACAUUCCCAUGACCUUCGCCACGUCGGCCUUCGUCCCGAUUCUCGCGGCUACCAGUGCUGGAGGCAUCCCCGCCUCGGCCUCUGUCGUCCCUCACACCGGUCACCAUGACCACAGCGCUCACAGCGGCCACGGUCCCCACAGCGCAAACGGUGACGUCCAUGGCAGCGGCAUGGCCCACGGCCACGGCAUGGCGAUGACGUUCACGACCAAAUAUACGACUCCCCUGCUGUUUUCGCGCUUGGUUCCCACGACUCCCUCGCAGGCGGUCGGCUUCGGCAUCACGAUCUUCGUCCUGGCGUUCACGUACCGCGCCCUGGUGUUCCUCCGCGCCUAUCUCGAAGCCGUCUACUGGUCCCCCAAGCCUGCCUCGCCCGCUCCCACUUUCGGCGAUGACGUUGGUGGUGAAAAGAGUCUGCGCCAGCGCGGCGUCGCUCAGGACUUCGACUGGAUGAGGGAGACUGGAAGGAUGCUGCUCACCGCCCUCACCAGCAUGAUUGGUUACGUCAUCAUGUUGAUCGUCAUGAGCUUGGUCGUGGUAAAUUCCCCUAGACCCCAGAUUGACGAGUGAUAUAUGCUGACGGUGGUUGGUGGCGGGGAUAGCCCUGGUUUUUCGCCGUUAUUGCCGGUUUGGCAGUCGGUGAAUUUUUCUUUUCCC